AAUUUACCUGGAAAUUACAUACGCGAGUCGUGAGGAAAAUCGUAAAACAUUCUUGUAGUGCUCCCACCAUCCUCUACCUCAAUGCAGGAAUCGCUAUAUAUUGCCAUUUCGCAGUCAAAUGCGAAGCUUCACUUACCGUCAAUGAUGGUCUGUAUUAAGAAGCGGUUCUUCAGUCUCAAUCGGCUACUUCUACUCGCUUUCGGCUUGUGGCCUGACGAGGAAACGAUAUUCACCCGUUUUCAGGCAACAUUGCUUUGCAGUCUUUUGAUAAGUAGUAUUGUAUUUCAGCUCUCAAGACUUUUCAUUGCAGAAUAUAGUUUCGAUUUUAUUGUCAGAAUAUUGUCUUCUGUGACAUUCUUUGCUACGCUUACGAGUCUACCCCUCUCAUUUUGGAUUAAUAUAAAAACUAUCAAAUAUUUAUUGGACCAACUGCAAUACAUCUACGAUCAGCUAAAGGAUAGAAACGAAAUUGCUAUCUAUGACAAAUAUGGAUACAUUGGAAAACAUUUUACGACCAUAGUAACUUCUUCUUCGUUUUUAGUAUUUCUUGUAUGCGGCCUAUGUAGUAAUUCUGGCAUAGUAUAUUGGCCGUACAUUCUUGAUAUUAUUGUACCGAACAAUGAGUCUUAUGCAAUUCAUACGAUGCAAUUUGUAACCAAGUACUUCAAUGUCUCAGAGAAGUAUUAUUUUUUAGUUCUUGUGCAUUUGAACGCAGCGAUAACUACAGGGUUAAUUGUAUCGGUAGGAACGGAAACAAUGAUCUUUUCGUAUUUAAAGCAUAUCUGCGGUAUGUUUGAAAUUGCCAGUUAUCGUAUUGAACAAGCAAUGGCGCCCGAAUUGUUACAUACCGUUGACAUAAAGAGUAGAAUUGUGAUAUGCAGAGAAAUGAUAUGUGCCAUAGAUAUGCAACGCCAAGCUAUGCAAUAUUUCAAAUUGAAUCACCUAUGGAGAGGAUGGACGAGGUUUUAUUACACCUUUUGGCUGUAUCUACAGUUCUAACGAUAACGUUCGCAUGCAAUUAUGUUGGGCAAGAAGUUACAGAUCAUAGUAAUCACGUAUAUGUGAUUAUAUACAACGUUGCAUGGUACUUAGCACCGUUACACAUACAGAAACUGAUACUGUUUCUAUUACAAAGGAGCAAUAAAAUUUUCUCUCUGAGUGU